AGUGGAGGCGACUUACUGUAGCUCAAAAUUAUAUCUUUGUACUAUGGACGUAUCUCUAGAAAUCGAAAGAGCGGACAAACCACAUACCAUCUCUUGAAUUGUGUGAUGAAAGGAAACAAAAAUUAGCAGGUGAAUUGGUCGAUUCAUGCACACUCUAUUAUUUUCAGACGGAUUGAGUAGAGGUUGGUUGCUGGCUAGUCAUGGUGGAUGGUAGAAGAUGAAGGAUGAUGCGAGUGUAUGUCAGGAAUGGUGGUUUGCAUCUAUGGUGGGCAUUUCUACUAAUCUAUUUGCCUUGCUUUUUGAUUUGGACAUGUGCUUCGUGGCGGUAAAUUCCUGCCUUGUUCUGUUUGUAUCAAAAUAGGCAGGAAGGGCCUUGUCUUUAGCCCACUUUGUUUUGACACAGGUUCAAAGAGAUUUCAAGAUUUGUUUUGUUUGAGAAACCAAAUCAAAGCCAAGCCCCCAUUUCAUACAGGUACUUGUAUAUAUUUGUUCAUGUAUAUAUGUAUUUUGUUUUAUUGGCCAUGUGUAUAUAUGUAAUGUUGUAUAGUUACACGUUAAUUACUAUUUACCUUUUAUUUGUUGUGAUUUCGUUAUUAUUUUGUUCUAAUAUUUGUUUAUAGUUCAAAAUGAGGAAAAUA